CAACACAUUCACGUAAUAAGGUCGAUGAAACUAGAAGGCACCAAAAAAAAGGCAUUAAGGAAACUCUUUGCCACUUAUAUAUAUGCUUCUCUCAUAGUACCACAUUAUUCUCUCAAACCUCUCUUCUUCUUCUUUUUCUUCUUUUGUCUCUCCCCCUCUCUCUUUCAUAUUGGUUCUUGAAGGGCAGAUCAGUAAAUACAGAGAUCUAUCUAGGGAAAAUGGGACUAUAUUCACUAAUCACAGGGAAAAGGGGACCAAGUGGGUUUGGUUCAGCUUCAACAGCUGAAGAGGUUACUCAAGGGAUCGAUGCAACUCAUCUCACUGCAAUCAUCACAGGAGGGACGGGAGGGAUAGGGAUGGAGACAGCGAGGGUAAUGGCGAAGAGAGGUGCUCAUGUGGUAAUUGGUGCCCGAAACAUGGGAGCUGCAGAAAACGCCAAAACCGAGAUUCUCAGACAAAACGCAAACGCACGAGUAAUGUUCUGUCCAUACCAACUCUCUGAAGAUGGAAUCGAAUUGCAGUUUGCUACUAAUCACAUUGGUCAUUUUCUGUUGACCAACUUGCUCCUAGACACAAUGAAGAGCACAGCUAAAAGCAGUGGUGUCGAAGGAAGAAUUUUGAAUCUAUCAUCUAUAGCUCAUAUCUAUACUUACAAAGAAGGAAUCCAAUUCGACAGCAUCAAUGACAUUUGCAGGUACUCGGAUAAAAAAGCUUACGGACAAUCAAAACUAGCCAAUAUAUUGCACGCUAAUGAGCUCUCCCGUCAACUUCAGGAAGAGAAAGUGAACAUAACAGUGAAUUCAGUUCACCCAGGGUUCUUGAAGUUCUUCAGCUUCUAUUUGUGGAAAAAUAUACCUCAGGGAGCAGCUACAACAUGUUAUGUUGCUCUGCAACCAAGUGUGAAGGGAGUGACAGGAAAGUACUUUGCAGAUUGCAAUCAAGUCACUCCAAGCAAACUUGCUAGAGAUGAGACUUUGGGGCAAAAACUCUGGGAUUUCAGCGUCAAGCUCAUCAACUCGGUUUCUAAAAAGAACUACAUGGGUUUCGAGGAAACCAGUUAAUGGAACUAAGAUUUGCUUCUUGUUACUUAAAAGUUAAUCAAGAGUGAAAAAAAAUUAUAGUAAAGCAUGUGUGGGAUUUGGAUGUGAUAUUGUGAUGUACCUUGUUUCCAAUACAUUUUAUGGAGUGAAUAUGCAUGUAACCGUGCUAAUCUUUUAAUAUAGUGUGGACAAUAAAAAAUGGUUGUUCAUCUCUUGAUUAUUCCA